AUGGACCCACCAAUCGAGGUGGAGACCUUGAUAGCACCAGAGCGGCAACAGAGUCUAAAGUUUGAUUUGACGGCCGACGAAGUCGACGACCUUGGCCCAAAGGGAGACGAGUUUGCCUUCCGCAAGGAGGUGGUGAAGUUGCGCUCGUUCAUCGACAGUCGUUUUGCAAAGCAAGCGCGGAUGUUGGAGCUGAUGUCCACCCAAUUGAAGCUGAUGCACCGAUUCCCCGAUGGCAAAGCCGUCACUAUACCCAGGAAUGCAGAUAAUCCCACGGAGACCGUUGAGGAACUCGGCCAGCCUGCUGGGCUCGAAGACCAGCCAGGCUCGCCUCGUGCAGCACCGACUCUGGCCAGGUCACAGUCCGAGUUGACGGUGAUCAGUUCAAAGCCUUCAGAGGAUGACCAGGGCCCAAGAGAGAGGCCCACCCUCAGCCGAGGGAGUUCUAAGCAGUCCUUUGUGCGCAGUUCCGUCAGGGAGCAGCAGAGGAAGGCUGAGGAAGCAGCCCAGCAAUCUGCCAGCACAUUCACGAGUCAGUUGAGACGGAUGAACACCCUUGAGACGGACGUAUUCGGCAGUGGACCGUUUCGAGUCUUCUGUCUUCGCGUCGUGACGCACUCCAUGUUCACCAACUGCAUUAUGUUCCUGAUCCUGGUGAAUCUGAUCUUGCUUGGUGUGGAGGUCGACGUAGCCACACAACUGGGGCAAGAUGAUAUUCCCAAAGCAUAUGGCAUCGCCAACACUCUCAUCGUGGGCGUAUUCCUCAUUGAGUUCUUCCUCAAGUUCUUUGCGUUUGGUUGCUCGGGCUUCUUCUGCGGCCGUGAUGCAUUGUGGAACAGCCUGGACUUUAUAGUCAUCUUCUCGUCCGUGCUCGAGACAGCCGUAGACAUAUGGGACCUUGUCGUCACAACGCAGGCUGGCUCUACCUCGGGCCACUUCCGCAUCAUGCGGACCAUGCGGCUCGUCCGUGCCUUGCGAGGCAUCCGGGUAAUCCGACUGCUUCGGUACGUGAGCGCGUUGCGAACACUCGUGUUCUCCAUCGUGAGCACUAUGAGCUCCCUUUUCUGGACGCUGGUGUUGUUGCUACUGCUGUUCUACAGCUUUGGCGUGAUCUUCACCCAGCUUGUAUCGGACUACUGCCGCGAGAUGACAAUGCAAACGCAAGACAACUUGAAUGCGGUGCCGGAGUGCCCACCAUUCCUCAGCAAGUAUUGGAGGUCUGUCGACGAGAGCAUGCUCACUCUCUUCACGGCGAUUUCAGGUGGCAUGAACUGGGUGGAUGCCUUGGAUCCGCUGCGGGAAGUUGGAGGGAUAGCCACGUCCCUCCUCAUCCUGUACAUCAUUGUUUCGGUUUUUGCGGUGCUCAAUGUAGUAACUGGCGUUUUCUGCAACACAGCUAUUGAGUCCGCGCAAAGUGACAAAGACAUUGCGAUCAUGAAGCAAAUGCGCAAGCACGACCUUCAAGUACAGGCCUUGCGUCACAUCUUCAAAGAGAUCGAUCACGACAAGUCCAACCUUGUGACGUUGGCGGAGUUGCAGGAAGCGCUCAGCGCUAAAAAGCUGUCGAGCUUUCUGGAAUCUAUGGGCAUCUCCACCCAGGAUGUGUCGACGUUGUUCAUGAUUAUCGACACGGACCACAGUGGAUGGAUUGACCUGGAUGAGUUCGUGUCCGGCUGCAUGCAGCUUCAUGGUCCAGCGAAGAGCCUCCAGCUAGCGCAGAUGAGUCACGAAAACAAGGUGACGCGGCAGGUCAUCCGAAGUCUCGCCAAGACGGUCUCGGCCAUACGAAGGCAACUGGAAUCUCUGACUUUUGCCGUGGAGGAUGCCAGAGGCACCAGCCAUGUGGUAUGA